AACCGGGUCAACCCGUGAAUUAUUUUACUACUCGGUGCUUUAUAUAAGAAGAGGACGAAGAUUUUACUUCCCUCGGUUCCGGCUGCAAAAUCUCACAGACGAUUCGAUUUUAUCUCCGUCACACGCCGUCGAUUUCUUCCCCUCGGGAACGAUGGCUUUCUGGACAUUGAUAAAAGGUCUGCUGCUCUUUGCAAAUGCGUUUGCAAUCCUCAACGAAGAUCGUUUCCUUGCUCCGAGAGGAUGGACGCUCGAAAAACUCCACCAGACCGGUAGAAGAAACUCUCCCAAAGGUCAAAUCAUUGGUCUAAUUUAUGCAUGCCAGUACAUGAGACUGCCCCUCUUGCUCAUUAACGUUGUAGUCAUCGGCAUGAAGAUUAUCGCUGGUUGAAAGUUUUUUGUGUAUUCGAAGGUAAACUACACUGUGUGUAGUGUAGCUAUAACAUUCGUUAUUACAUAUAUAAUGUAGGAGAUUAAAUAUGUUUUUUCUCUUC